AUGAAAACGCGUGCCCAAAUUGGAAAACAGCGAUUUAUCUGGACGAAAAAGCGUCUUCGUACCGAGAAUCGUCUUCUGCGCCAACGAAUCGAUUAUCUGGAAGCGGAAUCGUCGGCACUUGCAGAUCGUCUUGUGAAGGGACAGGUGAAUCUUGCUCAGGAAGCCGAGAACUACAUCAACAUUGCACAUGAGUUGAACAAAUUGCGCGACAUGAACUCUGAUGUUCACCGCAAGUUAGAGGGCGCCUAUGAGACUAUCAGAGAGCUGUCCAGCACACGACGCGACAACAUCAUGGAUACGGGAACACAAGUAGACGAUACGUCGAUGAUUGAGCACAUUCACUCGCUUCAGCAAGAGCUUAUCGAAGCACACACCAGACAAGCGGAUAGUGAGAAUGUGUUAAGGGACGCCAAGUUGAGAGUCUCGGAACUAGAAAUGGCCAACAAACGACUGCUGGAACACGAGCCGUCAGAAGAUGUAGCCGGACUACAAGAAGAGCUUAUAUCUGUCAAAAUGCGUGAAGCUGAAAGCUCACUUGCUCUCAAGGAUAUGCGUCAACGUCUCGCCGAGCUGGAACAGCACUGGGCAAAAUAUGUUCACGUCCGUGCAUUCGACCCAUCCUCUGCUUCUAUCGAGAAAGACUCCACAUCCGAAGCUCACUCGGCGCAACAACAACAACCAUCUCCACCGCUCACUUCUGCUCGUGCUCGCCUUGCUAAGAUCACGGCUUCUUUGAUUGGAGGAUCUACUGAAGAGCCAGAGCAUUGCAUCGGUGUUCGUGAGCUUGAGGAUCAACUAAUGGGUGUUAGGAUUAAGGAAGCCGAUACACUGGCAGAGCUGAAGGAAAUGCGGCAAAAGGUUAUGGAGCUAGAGACUCAAAAUCAUGUCUGCACAAAUCAGUUGAAAAGACAGGAUGAGGAGAUGAAGAGAGUUCGUGAGGAGUCUGACGUGUUGGUCAAGAAGCGGCGAGAGUUGGAAGAUGAAUUGAAGGAGGAGAAGGAGAAGAUGUAUAACAAGGAGAGCGAAUUGAGCGAGCAACGGAUGAACGACCGGCUCAAGUAUUCGGAAGCGAUGCAGACGAUUCAAGAUCUUCGUAGCAGCAUUUCACAGUUGGAGCUCAAGAAAGCAGAGAAAUGGACGCAGAAUCAGUUGAGAGGAAGCAGCGUAUGCGAUUUGGAUGAAGAUUCGAAUUCUCACGGCUCAAUAUGCUCUAACGUAGACCAUCUCUCAAUGGCUUCUGACGAGAUGAACGCUCUCAUCGCCGACAUGACAGUCCGCAUUCCAACACUUGACGAGUUGGCCGAAGAAGGAUCGGCUACCGAGACGGACGAGUUGCGUCCAAAGGAACUCAACGAUGGUAACGAUACAACUGAUUCGGGUGUUCAACUCUCUGAUGGUCGCUAG